AUGCCAACUAAUACAACAAAUUUGAUCUUAUCACUAAACAAUAUGUCAACACAGUUAAAUCGUUAUUGUUCAAUAUUUAUUUUUAUUUUUGGUGUUCUUGGAAAUAUUCUUAAUUGUAUUGUUUUAUCUCAACGACCACUUCGAAAAAAUCCAUGUUCAUUUUUCUUUCUUAUAUCAUCAAUGGCAAAUCUUACUUCUAUUUUAUCUGGUUUAACAACACGAA